GUGUUCGGGAAAUUUCAUAAGAAGUUGGAAAUUUCCAAACUUUUGUGGUUGUUGUUGAUGAUGUUUUCUCCCAUUGGGAUUGUUGAGCCGAGAUCGUUUUAGAGGAAAUCUGACCAGAUUCUAUCAUUAAUAAUGGCUGCUUCAGCCAAGGUAAGUGUAGGGUCUCAUGUCUGGGUGGAGGAUCCAGAUGAAGCCUGGAUUGAUGGAGAAGUAGAAGAAGCCAACAGUGAAGAAAUCACAGUAAACUGUUCGGGAAAGUCGGUAGUGGCAAAGGUAAAUGGUGUCUACCCCAAGGACCCCGAGUUCCCUGAACUUGGGGUGGACGACAUGACAAAGCUUGCAUAUUUGCAUGAACCAGGUGUUCUGCUCAAUCUCAAGUGCCGAUAUAAUGCAAAUGAAAUUUAUACAUACACCGGAAAUAUAUUGAUAGCUGUGAAUCCCUUCAAAAGAUUACCACACCUUUAUGGAAGUGAGACGAUGAAACAGUACAAGGGCGCAGCUUUUGGUGAGUUGAGUCCACAUCCGUUUGCCGUUGCUGAUUCUGCAUACAGGAAAAUGAUAAACGAGGGAGUGAGCCAGGCGAUCUUGGUGAGUGGUGAAAGUGGUGCUGGGAAGACGGAGAGCACAAAGAUGCUCAUGAGAUAUCUUGCCUACAUGGGCGGAAGAGCUGAGAGUGAAGGACGAUCCGUGGAACAGCAAGUUCUGGAGUCCAAUCCAGUUUUAGAAGCUUUUGGCAAUGCAAAAACCGUUAGAAACAAUAAUUCAAGUCGUUUUGGUAAGUUUGUGGAGAUUCAGUUCGAUCAAAGGGGAAGGAUCUCCGGAGCUGCUAUCAGGACAUAUUUGCUAGAGAGGUCGCGUGUUUGUCAAGUUUCUGACCCUGAAAGAAACUAUCAUUGCUUUUACAUGCUUUGCGCUGCACCGGAACAGGAAGUUGAGAGGUACAAGUUAGGAAAACCAAGCACAUUUCGCUAUCUGAAUCAGUCUAAUUGCUAUGCAUUGGAUGGGCUUGAUGAUUCCAAGGAAUACUUAGCUACAAGAAAAGCUAUGGACGUUGUUGGGAUCGAUUCUGAAGAGCAGGAUGCAAUCUUCCGAGUAGUGGCUGCAAUCCUUCAUCUAGGGAACAUCGAGUUUGCAAAGGGUGAAGAAUCAGAAGCUUCAGAACCUAAAGACGAAAAAUCACGGUUCCAUCUAAAAGUGGCAGCAGAACUUUUCAUGUGUGAUGAGAAAGCUUUAGAAGAUUCCUUAUGCAAAAGGGUCAUGGUGACUCGUGAUGAAAGCAUUACAAAGUCGCUUGAUCCUGAUAGUGCUGCUCUAGGCAGAGAUGCACUAGCCAAAAGUGUCUAUUCUAAGUUAUUUGAUUGGCUGGUGACCAAGAUCAAUAAUUCUAUUGGCCAAGACCCAAAUUCAAAACACAUCAUUGGAGUUCUAGAUAUUUAUGGAUUUGAGAGUUUCAAGACAAACAGUUUUGAACAGUUUUGUAUAAAUUUGACAAACGAGAAACUGCAGCAACAUUUCAACCAGCACGUGUUCAAGAUGGAGCAAGAAGAAUAUACUAAAGAAGAGAUUGACUGGAGUUACAUAGAGUUCAUCGAUAAUCAGGAUGUCCUUGAUCUUAUUGAAAAGAAACCUGGUGGUAUCAUUGCCCUUCUGGACGAGGCUUGCAUGUUUCCAAGAUCAACACAUGACACAUUUGCACAAAAGCUAUACCAGACUUUUAAAGACCACAAGCGUUUUGCCAAGCCGAAAUUGGCUCAAACAGACUUUACAAUUUGCCAUUAUGCUGGUGAUGUCACUUAUCAGACAGAACUGUUUUUGGACAAGAACAAAGAUUAUGUUGUUGGAGAACAUCAAGCUCUCCUGAGCUCUUCAGAUUGUUCUUUUGUCUCAUCAUUGUUUCCACCAUUGCCAGAGGAAUCUUCCAAAACAUCAAAAUUCUCAUCAAUAGGAUCUCAGUUUAAGCAACAACUGCAAUCUUUGCUCGAGAGUUUGAGCACCACGGAGCCACACUACAUACGAUGUGUGAAACCAAAUAACCUUCUAAAGCCAGAAAUCUUUGAGAACAUUAAUAUUUUGCAUCAACUUAGGUGUGGGGGAGUCAUGGAAGCCAUUAGGAUUAGUUGCGCUGGAUAUCCUACAAGAAAGCCUUUCAAUGAAUUCUUGACCCGCUUCAAAAUUCUAGCCCCAGAGACUACCAAGACAAGCUAUGACGAAGUUGAGGCUUGCAAAAAGCUACUAGCAAAAGCGGACCUCAAAGGUUUUCAGAUCGGGAAGACAAAGGUGUUUCUUAGGGCAGGUCAAAUGGCAGAACUGGAUGCUCACCGAGCUGAAGUUCUUGGUCAUUCAGCACGGAUUAUUCAGAGGAAAGUUCUUAGUUAUCAAACUCGUAAGAAGUUUCUGUUAUUGCAGGUCGCUUCAACAGAAAUUCAAGCCUUGUGUAGAGGACAAGUUGCACGUGUUUGGUUCGAGACCAUGAGAAGAGAAGCCGCUUCUCUGAGAAUUCAAAAGCAGGCACGGACUCAUAUCUGCCAGAAAGCUUAUAAAAGCAUGUGCUCCUCUGCAUGUUCUGUUCAGACAGGGAUGCGAGCAAAAGCUGCUCGAAUUGAACUUCAGUUUAGGAAAAAGAGAAGAGCGGCAAUCAUUAUUCAAAGUCAAAUCAGAGGGUUUUUGUGUCAUCGGCAUUAUGCGAGGAUGAAAAAAGCAGCGAUUACCACUCAAUGUGGCUGGAGAAUGAGAGUCGCACGCCGAGAUUUUCGGAAUCUUAAAAUGGCUGCUAAAGAAACAGGAGCACUUCAAGAUGCUAAGACCAAGCUGGAAAAUCAAGUGGAAGAACUCACUUCAAACUUGGAGCUUGAGAAAAAAAUGAGGAUGGAGAUCGAGGAAGCCAAAUCUCAAGAAAUUGAAGCAUUACAGUCAUCUUUAAAAGACAUGAAACUUGAGCUUAAAGAACUCUCUGCUGAAAAUGAGCAGCUUAAGGAGUUGGUGAGUUCUUUGCAAAAGAAGAAUGAUGAAUUCGAGAGAAAUUCAACAGCUGAAGUUCCUGUAAUUGAUCAGACUGCAAUCGUCAAGCUUGAAGCUGAAAAUCAACAGCUGAAGGAGUUGGUAAGUUCCUUGGAGAAGAAAAUCGAUGCAUUAGACAGAAAACAUGAUGAAACAAGCUCAAAUAUCACAGAGCAGUUGAAGGAGAAUGUUUCAUCUGAUUACGAGGUCGUGAGCAAUCUUGCAGCUGAGAACGAGCGGCUCAAGGCACUAGUAGAUUCAUUAGAGAAGAAAAUCGAUGAAAGCGAUGGGAACAAUUCUUCAGAUGGAAAACAGGAAGGAAAAAGCAUGUUGAGAGGAGAUGCUUCGAUUGAUAAUGAGAAACUUGCUUCUCAAAACAGAGAUGAACUGGUAAGUUCCUUGGAAAAGAAAAUAGAUGAAACAGAGAAGAAGUAUGAGGAAGCAAGUAGACUCUGUGAAGAGAGGCUGAAGCAAGUUUUAGACGCUGAGACAAAGCUAAUUGAGCUGAAGACAUAUAUGCAAAGGCUUGAGGAAAAGGUCUCUGACAUGGAAACAGAAGAAGAAAUUCGCCGGCAGCAAGCGCUGGUGAAUUCUGCUUCCCGGAAAAUGUCACCACAGGUGUCAUUCACAGGAGCCCCGCCUGUGGAGAAUGGAAAUCAUGAACCACUUGCUCCUAUACCGGGAAGAAAGUUUGGGACAGAAUCUUUUAGGCGAUCCCAAAUUGAACGACAACCACAUGAAUUUGUUGACGUUCUUCUCAAAUGUGUAUCCCAAAAUGUUGGUUUCAGUCAUGGAAAGCCUGUUGCAGCUCUUACCAUAUAUAAAUGUCUUCUACACUGGAAAAUAUUCGAAGCUGAAAAAACCAGUAUCUUUGACCGAAUUGUUCCUCCUUUUGGCUCUGCAAUAGAGAAUCCAGAAGACGACAACCAUUUGGCUUAUUGGCUAACAAACACAUCAACACUGUUAUUCCUUCUUCAAAGAAGCCUGAGACAUAAUAACCCAACUGGCUCAAGUCCAACAAAACCUCCUCAGCCAACUUCUUUUUUUGGGAGAAUGACACAGGGUUUUCGUUCAACUUCUUCCCCGAACCUUUCAACUGAUGUGGUGCAGCAGGUAGAUGCUAGAUAUCCUGCUUUACUUUUCAAACAGCAGCUUACGGCCUAUGUUGAAACAAUGUAUGGAAUCAUCCGAGAGAACGUGAAGAGAGAAAUAUCGUCCUUGCUUUCUUCCUACAUUCAGGGUCUGAAGAAUUCAUCACAUGAUUCCUCUGUGUUGGGUACACCAUCAAAGUCAUCUGAAGAAACACUACCAACCAAGGCCGCUGAGUCGUCUGAAGAAAAUUCAACCGCUGAGUCAAAUUCACCAAAACAGCCACCUGAGGAGAAUUCGCCAGCUAGAGAGGGCCAAGCAGCAAAGUCGCCAGAAAACUCUUGGAAAAGCAUUAUUGGGAUUUUGAAUCACAACCUCUUCAUAUGGAAGAAGAAUUAUGUUCCUCCAUUUCUCGUUCAGAAGAUCUUCAUCCAAACAUUCCAAUACAUCAAUGUCCAACUCUUCAACAGUCUUCUCCUCGAACGAGAACACUGCUCAUUCAACGUGAGCAAGGAAGUGAAGGCAGGGUUAGAUGAACUAGAGUCAUGGUGUAGCCAAGCGACUGAAGAGUUUGUGGGAUCUUCAUGGGAUGAACUCAAACACACAAGACAAGCCGUAGUGCUCCUGGUUACAGAACCAAAGUCCACAAUUACAUACGAAGAACUUACAACUAACCUGUGCCCGGUUCUUAGUACUCAGCAACUGUAUAGGAUAUGUACCCUUUGCGAGAAUGAAGACCACGACAAUCAUAACCUAUCGCCAGAGGUGAUUUCCAACUUAAAACUAUUAUUGAAAAAAGAAGAUGAAGACAGCCAUUCCUUUUUAUUAGACAACGAUUCCAGCAUCCCUUUUGAAACCGAUGAAAUCUCGAACUGUAUGCAAGAGAAGGACUUUGCGAAUGUAAAAUCAGCUUCCGAGCUCGCUGAUAACCCCAACUUCCACUUUCUUAAGGAUUGAUUGACAAUAUUGUUUGAGCCUUCUUCCUCCUAAUUAUAGGGCCUCUAAAUGCUACCAUUGAUGAUUCGCCUGACCUGUAUAUUACAAUUCCUUUUUCGGUUUUGAGUUUGUAGAAACCUAUUAGAUUUCUUUUUCUAGUAGUUUCCCCCCAAGAGCGUUUUGCAGUUGAGCGUCUAGUCUGUACGGCUCUCGCUGUCUUCUUUUCACCCUCGUUACUUGUAGGUCAAACAAUCUCA